GUCAUCUUCAGCGUCUUCACUCCUCUUCACCCUAAUCCACCAACUCGAUCCUGUACUUUCGUCCACUCUCGGUUUCCCAGAAUGCCCAUCAACCAACCAUCUGGACAGAUCAAACUAACCAACGUCUCUAUCGUUCGCCUGAAGAAGGGUGGCAAGCGGUACGAGAUCGCCUGCUAUAAGAACAAGGUUCAGGAAUGGAGAAAUGGAGUUGAAAGCGACCUGGACGACGUCCUGCAAAUCAGCAACGUAUUUGUCAACGUAUCCAAGGGAGAAGUCGCCAAAGCAGGAGAUCUCAAGAAGUCAUUCGGUACAGACAACGUUCAAACCGUAGUCAAAGAAAUUCUCAACAAGGGUGACCUCCAAAUCGGAGAGAAAGAGCGAGAACAUGAUCUCACGUCCCUUCGCCGUGAGAUCGCGACCCUUGUCGCCGAGAAAUGCGUCGAUCCCGCGACACAGACUCCUCACUCCGUUGGCAUCAUCGAGAAGGCGAUGAACGAGGCUGGCUUCAGUGUUCGUGCAAAUAAGAAUGCGAAGAGUCAGGUAUCAGAAUGUAUUAAGCUUCUCCAAACCAACUCCACACUCCCCAUUCAGCGCGCUCGCAUGCGCAUCCGUGUCUCCAUACCCUCCGCUGAUGAAGCACGUCUACGUGGAAAAAUUCUUGAGGGAGUUGAGAAGGUUGAGAGGGAAGGACCUGACGGCGAUGAGUGGAGCACCACCCUCCUCAUCGACCCAAGUCACUUCCGCACGAUCACCGACCUGCUCAACAAAGAGUGCAAGGGCAAGGGACGUAUCGAAACGAUAGCAUUUGCUGCGACUGCUACCACCGGGAACUAGAGGGCCGUCAUUAUGCAUCUGCCAUUUGUAGCAGUAGGAGAUUUUGCUUUUUGUACUAACAUCGCUAUGUCUUUCAAGUGUCUUCAUAGACCUCGCCC